AUGGCACUUUCAUCUGUUCCCCAUGAAAUUCGCCGAAUGUUUGAUACCUUGGAUGAAAAUGGUGAUGGCACCCUCACUCUGCAAGAAAUCAGUUGCUUCCUCAACAGGCUUGAAAUACAGCUAACAGAGGAAGAAUUAAAAUGUCUGGUGAUGGGUGUUUCUCACACCCAAGAUGAUAGUUUAACAUUUGAUGAAUUUGUUGGGCUUUACCAAUCUGUUCUUCAUGAGAGCAGCACUAGUACCAGUACUGAUAGUAAUGAAGAAUAUCAGGAUUUAUGUUUAAUGGAGGCAUUCAAAGUUUACGAAUUGAAUGAAGAUGGGUAUAUUUCUUCUUCCGAGCUUCAACAAGUGCUGUGUAAUUUGGGAUUGAUAGAGCAAGGAGAGAUUUGUUUGGAGGAUUGCAUGAAAAUGAUACGCAGAUAUGAUGAGAACUUGGAUGGCCUCAUAGGCUUCUCUGAGUUUAAGAAUAUGAUGACCAUAAAGCCUGGUGGUGUACUCAACCCUUGA